GACUAGUUCAUUUUGUCAGUCCUAGGUCUGGUCCCGCAUACAUCGGCAAACUUUCCAGAAGGCACUUGGGCUGAACUAGUGGGAGUGUGGAGUUAAAGUAUUCCUUCUGCCUGCAGUAUCUCCCCAGGGUCUCAUGUAUGUUUUGAAAGCUGGUUAAGUCACAUUUUCUGACAUUUGAAGAGCAAACAGCACCAUGGCUCCAUGAAUUGUAAAGCUGCAGGAAGUGUGGCAGCCCUCCCUACCUCCAGCUUUCAUUCCUUACUGUCACGUUCUUGGGACUUCUGGUUUCAUCCCUGCUGGGUGUGCAGUGCCGUGCCUCUGCAUCAGAGCCAAGGAAGCAGCUUACGGAUCAGGGAGAGCCAUGGCCUCAAGCUUGUAUAUCUUCCACCUCUUCUAUAAGUUCAAAGUGUUGGUGCUUGUCACUUUGUGUUUGAUGGUGCUAUGGGCCACAUUCAGUUACUUUGUGGACUCCAGACAGGAAAUUUCUAAAGCUAAGAGCAUGGUGGAGGAUUUCAGAAAGGUAACUAGCCUGGAGGACGGUCAAAAGGAAGAGAAGAUUGAAUCAGUUGUGGAAGUUUCCACGGUGAAGUCGUCUCAGGGUCACUGCCCAGCUGUGUCUCCAUAUCUGCGAGGUGCCAGCAAACUCACCUUCAAAGCAUCUCUCACGCUAGAAGAAGUGCAAAAGGAGAACCCUCAGGUAGCUGAGGGCCGGUAUCACCCUACGGAGUGCUCAGCAUUACAGCAUGUGGCCAUUCUCAUCCCACACCGCAAUCGAGAGAAGCAUCUGCUGUACCUCCUGGAGCACCUCCACCCCUUCCUGCAACGGCAGCAGCUGGACUAUGGCAUCUACGUUAUUCACCAGGCUGGCAGCACCAAAUUUAAUCGAGCUAAACUGCUGAAUGUAGGAUACCUAGAGGCCCUAAAAGAAGCAAACUGGGACUGUUUCAUUUUCCAUGAUGUGGAUCUGGUGCCGGAAAAUGACUUUAACAUUUACAUGUGUGACAGACAACCAAAGCACCUUGUAGUUGGCAGGAACAAUACUGGAUACAGGUUACGAUACCAGGGAUAUUUUGGAGGUGUAACUGCUCUAACAAGAGAUCAGUUUUCUAAGGUGAAUGGAUUCUCUAACAACUACUGGGGUUGGGGUGGAGAAGAUGAUGACCUUCGAAUCAGGGUUGAGAUGCAGAAGAUGAAAGUGGUGAGGCCCUCUGCUGAUGUGGCCAGGUACACGAUGAUAUUCCACAAACGAGACCACGGUAACGAGGAGAAUGGAGAGAGAAUGAAGCUUCUACGUCAGGUGUCUAGAACGUGGAAAACGGAUGGGCUGAACUCUUGUUCCUAUAAACUGCUCUCGGUGGAACAUAACCCUUUGUAUGUCAACAUCACGGUGGAUUUCAGCACGCAGCCCAAGGUCUCGUAAGGGCGAGCACCACACGGGUUACAGGAAACAGCAACGGAUUGUGUUUGUGGCUGCUGUUACAGCCAGUGCCUCCCAGUGCGCUCCUUGAAAGAGUACUGCAGUAGCACAGAAGAAAGUUUUUCUUCACAGCAUCUACUUGGUUGGUUGAGUUUCCUUUUGUGAGGACUGGAGGUGGGGACUGCCCCGAGGGACAGGUCCUCCUGCUCUGGGCACUUGCUGCUGGGACUUUUGCAAAAGUGUCCUUGUUUGGGCUGGGCCAGUGGAAGGGACUUAGUUAAGUCCCGCAAAAAAAUUUGCUUAUUAAAAGCACAAGGACUCUUCACCAACUACACGCUGCCUGAGAAAAGCUAGGGUUUUUUCCAGCCUGAGAAAAAAACUGCUUAUGUGUAAGGGAAGGGCAAUAAUGGUAAUGGGUGAGAUGUUACAAAUCUCUCAAUAAAUGCAUUCCAUUGAACUCAAAA